CUGGGUCAAAUAACACUAAUACAGUACGGCUGUGAGAAGCAAGGUUUCUGUUUAUGUUUAACAGAUAAGAAAAUAGGGACAAAUGCUAUUACAUUGAUUAGAUUUUUAGUGCAGCAUUGGGAUUCAUUAUUCUUAUUGGUGUUCGAUAUGGGGUACAAUAGAAGAUUGAAAGUCGGUACAGCUGUUACCGUGUUAACAGUUUUAAUCGCGAUUUAUUAUAGAAACUCAGAGAACGUUCUUCAGAAACGAUUACAAACGUUAAUUCACGGAUUAGAAAGAUUGGAAAAUAAGCACGUGAUCACAUCAAGACCAAAAGUUGCGAUAGGUUAUGGUAUAUGCACUGACGUAUACGUGAACGCUAAACAAUUGUUAGAAUAUUCUGAAGAAGUUGGUCAACCGGAACAUUUUGACGAAAUUAAUACAGAACUUGAAUUGUUAAAAAGUUUCGCCUAUUAUUUUCGUCAUGGCGCAGCUGCUGAGAGAUAUAUGGCAAAUCGGACAUUGUUCGAAAACCUUGUCGCUAGAGCUCGUUCAUUCUCAUCGUCUUAUGCUACUAUUGGUGGUAAUGCAGCAGUUAUGGCACUACGAUUUGCAAGGGAAGGAUGUGACGUAGUGCUUGGUGCAAAAAUGACCAAGUCUUUGCAUCAGAUGAUACCACAGAUUAUUAAUAUUGUUGGGGGUGAAGUAAAACGUGAUGAUGUUCACUUAAUUAUAGAAUACAAAGAUGGGGAUGUUUGGGGUCCAUAUUCCAGUUCUAGGGCAAGCAGAUUUAUAAUUCAUAAUGAUGCCCACAAUCCAAUGAUUGGAUCGUUUAAUGCAUUUGAUCAAUUUUUAUCAACAUAUGAGCCUAAUUUACUUGUUGUCAGUGGUCUACAAAUGAUGGACAACUAUCCAUUUCCAGAUGGUGUACGACAGAAGCUUUUGCUGAAAGUAAAGAAACAAAUGAUUGAACAAUCGCCAUCUACUAAAAUUCACUUCGAAAUGGCUUCGUUCGCGGAAGAUAAAUUGCUUUUUGAAUUGUGUGACUCGAUCAUACCAUUUGCGGAUAGCUUAGGCAUGAACGAACAAGAAAUAGCAAAUUUGCAUAAUGCUAUGUAUUAUGGAAAUAUUUCAUUGGUAGCUAAUUCCACGCCGCGAAUCGCAACAGUCUUAGAUCAAAUGCGAACAUUAUUCAAACUUAUACGCGCGAAGAGUAAGUCUGUCGCUAAUUCUCGGGAACUUACGAGAAUUCACGUACAUACGUUAGCGUAUCAAGCUAUAUUUACUAUGAAAGGUUCUAUGUGGAAAAAUACAAUGGCUGCAGCAGCCAAGGCAUCAUUAACAGCUCAUAGACACGUAUGCGCGACAAGUCAGGUCGAUGUUAGAAAAACAGCCUUAAUUUUAGAUGAUAGUUUUUCAACAUCUAUCGUCGAUGGUACUAGAAUAGCCCUUGAUAUCGACAAACCAGUGUCUUGUUGGGAUGAAGUGUUAAAGGCAGGUAAUGAAGAAAUUUCCAUUCUAGUAUGCGUCACCCCGGUAUUAGUUUGUACCGAGGCUGCUCAAACCGCUGGCGGCGGUGAUAAUAUUUCAAGCGCGGGACUCGUAUUGCAAAUUUGAACGGUACGUUUGUCCAAAUACGAUUAAACGAGUCUGAAUUAUUGUUUCUGGAUAAUGGUCUACUUAGGUACUUACGAAGUGAAAUUAGAUUUUGACGCACGGAAGCUUUGGAAGUUUAGAUUAUCAUUCAUUCCACGAGAUAUCAUUCCAACGUACGUACUUUUACACGAAAUGUUCAUCAGAAUUUCUCUACACGCGAAUGUAUCUUAGCAAUUUCUGGAAAGACAUUUUUUUUCUGUACUUACUGUCAGUUGUACUGAAGCUGUCUUGAAAAUUACCGGGCUUAAAAUUAGCAUAGAUGUUGAAAUAUCGAUGCUAAUAAUUCAUUGACGAUUUAUAUACCUAUACUUAGAUAGGUAAGUGCGAAAAUGAAUAGAAUAUAUAUCAUGUGAUAGCAAAUAAAUUAAAAACAUAUAUAAGCUGUUUUAUCCUUUCAUGCAUAAUAAAAUGCGUUUGGGAUCAUGCAUGACGUCGAAUAACAUUUUAAUAUUUAUAAAAUGUGCGAUUAAAAAAUUUUUAAUUGAAAAAACAAUUAUUAGUUAACUUUUAUCGAGUUGAAACCUCUCGCGAAAAUCAUCGGCGGCAGACAAUAGUCUUUGCAUGAAAUUUGCGGCCAUCAGUGUUAAUUGAAAGUUAGCAGUGCAUUGACCAAGAAAGGAAUGAAAUAUCUUGGAUAAAAUGCCAUUUCGUUUCAUGUAUAUUCUAACGAAUAAUUUUAGAGUUGAAUGUCGUAGAAAAAUUACUCGUGAUUUAUGUACGGCUGUACACACGAAAUUAGUACUCGAAAAUUUGUUCUUAUACACACUAGUUUCAUUGUAACGUAGAAAAAUACAAUUGCAUUUGACUGUAAUUGUUAUUAAAUUAUUAAGCGACAUGUUCGAAAAUGUUAUGACAAUAUUGAACAGAAAUAUUAAGCAUAUUAUGCUCCAAAUAUAAUUUACGCUAUACAGUAAGGCACGGUUAACUAUCCUCUCGCCUUAUAAGUGGAAAAGCUUGGUGAGAGAAGAACCGUGGAAAGGUAAUCGUGCUUUACUAUACAUUGUGUAUAUUGUGCCAUGCGAUGUUUAGUAAGCUCUUAACAAAAUGAUUCCAUGUUUCAAUUAUAAUAAUAAAAAAAAAUUAUUAUGUGAAAGUUGUUCGCUUUCAGGGUCGGUGCGAUGUGAUGUAGCAUUUCAAAAAUUCUACAUAAAAUAAUUUUUAAACAAAAGAAAUAAAAUUUGAAGAAAAUAAUUAAAUAAAACAUAGUUAAACGAUGCAAAA